UUGUCUUAUCAGGUCAGACUGCAAACCCAGCCUAAGCCACAGCCUGGUCAACCCCCACUCUAUUCUGGGACCUUUGACUGCUUCCGAAAGACUCUGGUUGGAGAGGGCGUCCGAGGUUUAUACAGAGGAAUGGCAGCUCCUAUCAUCGGAGUGACACCCAUGUUUGCUGUGUGCUUCUUUGGAUUUGGCCUGGGAAAAAAACUCCAACAGAGAAAACCUGAUGAUGUUUUGACAUAUCCUCAGCUGUUUGCUGCUGGCAUGUUGUCAGGAGUGUUCACAACAGUAAUCAUGGCUCCAGGAGAGAGAAUCAAGUGCCUUUUACAGAUCCAGGCAGCUACAGGUGAAACUAAAUACAGUGGCUCGUUGGACUGUGCAAAACAGCUGUACCGUGAGGCUGGGAUUCGUGGCAUCUACAAGGGGACAGUGCUCACCCUCAUGAGAGAUGUCCCAGCCAGUGGAAUGUACUUCAUGACGUACGAAUGGCUGAAGAUAAAGAGUGUGAGUGAGCUCAGUGUGCCAAGGAUCCUCUUUGCUGGGGGCCUGGCUGGGAUCUUCAACUGGGCAGUUGCCAUUCCACCAGACGUGCUGAAAUCCCGUUUCCAGACUGCUCCUCCAGGAAAAUAUGCAAAUGGCUUUAGAGAUGUGCUGAGAGAACUCAUCAGAGAGGAAGGAGUUGCAUCUCUGUAUAAGGGCUUCACAGCUGUCAUGAUCAGGGCGUUUCCAGCUAACGCGGCAUGUUUUCUUGGCUUUGAAGUUGCUAUGAAGUUUCUUAACUGGAUUGCACCAGGUCUAUGAAGACCAGGAAGUCUUUGGAAAUUAGAGAGGAGAAGGAAGAGUGCAAGUCUGCCUAAAGGAAUAAAUGAAUGAUCACUUGAAGUUUCAGGAAUGAUUGCUUGCCUAACACCUUUUUGCCUUCUUCACGUUCUUUAGGUGGUGCUAUGUGCCAUUCAGAAGUGUAAGCCAUAGCUCUGAAACAGAGUUGAUGAGGGGUUAGAGGUGCUACACCUGUCUUCUGAGCCAAUGUGCCACAGCAGUAAGGCUGCUAACAGGCAGCUCUCACUCUUACACACAACACCUUCAGUACUUCCUCAUGGAAGAAAGAGACACUUCUUAGAAUGUAAUUCUUUAUUUACUGAAGAAACAUGUAGCUACUAAUGCUGGAAAACUUCCUUAAAAUAAUUGUUUGGCAGUGCAUACUUAGCUCUCAGGGCAUCAGCUAGCAGCUGCACAUGCUAAUAUCUGCAAGCAGUGUCAGAGAGCGUUCUCAUCUCUUGCAGUUUUUUAGUUGUGGCUGUUUCUGUGUUGACAGUAGUUUUAAU